CGGACGCUGGCUCCAACCUGUGAAACACAGCAGGCUCAGGGACUGGCCCCCAGCCAGGGCCAGCCCACAGCCCUCCUAAGCUACCGGGAUUGUGGGAAGGGGCAUGGUGUGUGCAACACUCACUUCAAAGGUCCUGGAACUUGUCAUUGAGGAACUGCAUGGCCGCUGAAACAGAGAGGCAGAACCGGGCACUCCAGACCCAGGGAAACAGAAACUCACCCCCUGCCCCCCUGGGGAACCACCUAGCCCUGCAACCAGAAACCCCAUCAGCCCUGGGACUGACUCACCCACCCGUCACCUGAAUUAAAUGUGGAAGUGCCUUCUAAGUGGGAAAGUGGUUCUCAGGUGCUGGGCCAUCCCAGAACCGUUCAUUCAGAACGUGUUUCAAAGACAGAUAAGCCAGCCAGCAAGCAAACACCGUACAAGCCAUACCAGGCAGCAGUUAAAGGGAAAACACAUGCGGUAUCUCUAACCCUCCUAAGAGAAGGAGAGUUCUGGGACUCGUGGACUAAGGAUACACGGAGUUCAGACAACACGUUGCUGUCUGUGCACACCCCUAGCUGGAAAGGCACAGAAGGCUCCAGGGCCAGGCUUUCCUUGGUUCUCUUCCCCAAAGGAAAGUCAGUCCCAGUGACGCCGCCUGUACCUACAGCCCACCCCCGCCCCCCACACCUGCAGAAAGACACCGCUGUCCAUUCCUGCCCCAGCCAGGGCUCCAUCAUACCUAGUUGCUGUGUAAGGUCCUCAAUUUCCCUCUGCAGCCUGAUGCACUAGACCAGUAGACACCGGAGGAAGAUAAAUGGCUAGUCAAUUCUGGCCUCCUCUCUCCUCGUCUUCCCCGUCUCCCCCAGCCCUUACAGCCCCCAUAGCCUGCAGCCCAGUGGUGAGGUGGGUUGGCAUGAAACCCUCAAUGUAAAAGAGGCACCCUCUCUCCGUGGGAUGCAGAAGGUGGUGACGGGGCGGGGGGACACAGAAAUCAGUUUAACCUGGACACGGAUCCCACCAUCUAACGUGGACUUCUAUUUCUAGGAGCCACACAAAGCAUUACCCGAGGACAACCCUGGGCUCCCAGGGGCCGGCGGAAGCCUGCUGCCAUUCUCCAGGGCUGGGGCCCAGCACGCCUCUCCCACUGGGACCGACCUCCAGGUCCGCCCAGUUGUCAGCCGACCCUUCGGCAGUGGCACCUUCUGGGGAGGGGUGUCCUUGGACGCUGGGCGGUGGCACGAUGGCAGCUGGUUCAUCAGCCGGGGAGGACGAGUAGUCCACAUCGUCCCCUUAGUCGUCGACUGGGGUGCCAGGCCGGCCUUCCCGGCCCCAGAGCACCACCUUUCCCUGCUCUAUCAAUUCGCUCUCAGACUCGAAGCUGAAGACCUUGGGAUUUGUGAACCCGCUCUCGCCCUCGCGGCUGCCUGGUGCCCCCAAAUCGAGGCCGUGGCCCUGGCCCCGUGGGGCUCCCGGGCUGGCCAUGCGGGAGCCAGCCUGCUUGCCACCCUCCAGGUCGAAACUGGCCCCACAAACAGCUACCUUGUCAGGGGAGCUCAUGGCGCCAGUCUGGGCAGCCUGGGCUGUGGGGAGACGGUCGUCCUGGUAACAGCAGAAGGGGAGAGCCGAGUCCAGCCAAGCCUGGCGGAGCAGGCCACACGACCCGAACAGUGAAGCCUUCGGGACACCGCUGCCCUCACCCCAGGCGGAAGUACCAGAUGUCCCCGACAGCGUGUGGCUUCCGCGCGUGCACUUGACGCCAGUGCCGCGACUUCUCAUUGGUCCCCCUCUACCAACCAGUGAGCCCUUUGUUGGUAGAGGCCUCUGGGCUUUAACCAAUCGGAACACAGGCUCUUGGUUUGCCCCGACGCCCAUCAUUUGACUGGGUGGCUGUGCUCUGGUCUGGUCUUGGGGCCAGGGUGCACUGGAGCUCUCGAUCCACCUCCUUCUUGCUUUCCUGCUGCCUCUGGCUGGGAACCUACUUUCCAAUGAGACCUCCUCUGUGCACCUGGUGCUUUGCGUGCAUCACAUUUACUCUCCCAAGCUGAUGAGCUGGGGGAAGCUCUCCCCUUAAUCCCCACCUUACAGAUGGGACACUGGGGCUCAGAGACGUAGCUCUCCUUGGAAAGUAGGUGCCCGGCCAGAGGCGGAAGGACAGGAAGAAAGAGGUGAUCGAGAGCUACAGUGCCCCUUGGCCCCAAGACCCGACCAGAGUGCAGCCACCCAGUCAAAUGACGGGCGUGGAGGCAAACCAAGAGCCUGUGUCCCGAUUGGUUAAAGCUCAGGCACCUCGCCCCACAAAGGGCGUGCUGGUUGGCAGACGGGGACCAAUGAGAAGGCUCGGUGCCGGCGUCAAGGGCGCGAGGAAGCCACUCGCUGUCCGGGACAUCUGGUACUUCCGCCUGGGGUGAGGGUGGUGGUGUCCCGAAGGCCUCACUGUUUCUGUCGCGUGGCCCGCUCAGCUGGGCUUGGCUGGGCUCGGGCUCGGCUCUCCGCUCCCACCGUUACCAGGACUACCGUCUCCCCGCAGCCCAGGCUGCCGGGACUGGCGCCAUGAGCUCCCCCAACAAGGUGUCCGUUUGUGGGGCCGGUUUCGACCUGGAGGGUGGCAAACAGGCUGGCUCCCACACGGCCAGCCCCGGAGCCCCAGUGGCCCACAGCCACGGCCUCGAUUUGGGGGUGCCAGGCAGUGGCGAUGGCGAGAGCGAGAGCGGGUUCACAGAUCCCGAGGGCUUCAGCUUCGAGUCUGAGAGCGAAUUGAUAGAGCAAGGAAGGGUGGUGCUCUGGGGCCGGGAGGGCCGGCCAGGCACCCCGGUCGAUGACCAAGGGGACGUUGUGGACUACUCAUUCUACCUGGCUGACGAACCAGCCGCCAUCGUGCCGCCGUCCAGCGUCCAGGGACACCCGUUCCCAGAAGACGCCGCUGCCGAAGGGUCGGCUGACAAUUGGGCGGAUGCGGAGGUCGGUCCCAGUGGGAGAGACGCACUGGGCCACGGCCCUGGAAAAUGGCAGCAGGCCUCUGCCGGCCGUCUCUGCCUCUGUGGUCCUGGGCCAGUGCGGGCCUGGAAGAACCCGGAAAGGGGCUCAAAGAGCAGAUGGAGCCUCCGCGUGGAUCCCCAGCAUCCCUCUGCAAAAGGCCCCACCAGGCUGUCUACCCACGACUCUGAUUCCACAGAUGAGAGCAGCGACUUACCGCUGAUGAAGGUAGGCAUUCGCCGCAACGAAGGAAGCCAGGCCAAGCCCGGCAGCCCCAAGAAGCGAGCAGACACAUCCAGACAGGCAAGCUUCCACUGCAAGGAGAGUUACCUGCCUGUGCCGGGCCGUUUCCUGACCUCUGCUCCCCACGGACUCACUCCAGUCGUAGAGAGGCCGGCUGUGGGAGAGCUGGAGGACCCUCCCCAGAAGAAAAUGCAGAGCAGGGCCUGGGGAAAGGUGGAGGUCAGGCCCAGCUGCUCAGGAGCUGCCGCUGCAGGGGCCCUGCCCCAGGGCCUUUCCAGGAGGAAGAUGGCCCGCGGGAAGAAGUCCCUAGGGGGUGCCUCUCAACUGGCUCCGGGGAGAGCCUUUCCUGCCUGCGGAGAGAGACUCUCAGCCGCUCCCCCAGAGCCGGCCACCUUCCCGCCAUUCUCUGGUGUGCGGCCACAGGGGAUGUCCAAGAAACCCCAAAAGCCUAAGCACAGCAGCCCUGGGAAGAAAACAGCAGGGAGGAAGACCAGGGAGUCCCAGGCUGCGGCCAGAGAAGAUAAUGACCCAAAUAGAGAUGAGGUCCCAAGAGCCCAACUUCCCACACACAGGCCAGGGCUGCCUCGCCUGUCUGUGCGUCGUGGAGAAUUCAGCAGUAGCGACCCCAACAUCAGAGCUCCCCAACUUCCGGGAGCUUCAGAGCCCUCGGCCUACAGCCCGGGAGGCCUCGUGCCCAGACGCCAUGCACCCUCCGGUAACCAGCAACCGCCUGUCCAUCCCCCAAGACCGGAAAGGCAGCAGCAGCCCCCGGGAGCCCAGGGCUGUCCUCGGUGCAUCCAGCUGCAGAGGGAAGUUGAUGACCUUACACAGCAGCUAGCGGCCAUGCAGUUCCUCAAUGACAAGUUCCAGGACCUUUGAAGUUUAAGCCAGCAUUCUUCCUACAAGACGAACAGCUGCCACCUUUGGAGCUCCGGAGCUGUAGCCAAGUGGGUUCCCUCCAUAUCCUGUUCAGCCAGGGCUUCCUCUCUUCUGCUGCAUUUGCACACUUCCCAACGCAGUUCAAAGCAAUUUGAAAUAAAGUCGUUCUCAUAUUC